AUGAGCUCGGCAUCAGAUCUCAAGCUGCCGCCUUUGCUGCUCAACCGCAACGUCGACCCCUCUUCUCUGCCAGGGUCGAAGGAGCUCUUGAGCGGUUCCAGGCCUGCAUCUCGGAGCGACCCCCUCUUUAAUCCAUCUGCAAAGCCCACGUUGCCGCUACUUGGUACUAGGGCGAGCACCCCAAGCAGUAGCGGUAGCGUAUUGUGCAAGCCAGAAGCCAUUGAGCCGCAAGUGUCUGGGCCGAAAUCAAACGCUUCCCCUCGAGCUGGCUCCAGACCAAUGUCAGUCGACGGUCGCCAAAUGCAGCAUGCAGCCGCGUCGUUUGGCCAGCACGAGAAACAAGACCCACUUACUACUGCGAAUCGCCCAACUCAUACACAAGCAGCGCGGGCGCCUCACUCGCCUAGAUCCAUGGACGAGCGAAUGCUUGUGCGAGAACCUCACGAUGUCGAGUCCGAUCCUCGAGAUCGCCUCUCCACCUUUGACGAAGCCUCUGCUCGACGUGUUUUGGAUGCGCACAGCCAUGCAGAGGCAUCGGCCUCGCGCACCGAAGAAGACAUCUCUAUGGCCGAUGUCUCUGAUCGACCUCUCCGCGAUCGCUUUGCCACGGCUCCACAAAUACCGCUUCGUCGCUACGACUUGGGUGCACGCACUGCUGACCGCUUGGAAGAGGUGAGUGUACUUUCGCAAAGGCAACCUGUGCGCACCCUGAGCUGAUGAAGGCACUGGCUACCUUUCUCUCUAGAUCAUUGAGCACGCCAACCGUCUGAUCCACGCGGCACAGCACUCGCUUGAUGCGUCACGCGAGCCGACUAAAGCGCAAGCACACGCAAUGUCCAAUCACUCGACGAGAAUACACGAUCUUAUCAGAUCCUUGCACGUAGGACAACAGCUGUACGACGAUCGCGGAGCGCAGCACGUGGCUCCCCACCAUCAAGAGCGCGCAGAACGCGAUGGUGAGCCAGAGACCGCUAGUGCGAGGGACGGACGAGCAGGUCAGAGGCCUCUUGCUGACUCUCGCACCGCCUCGCAACGCCGCACCGUGAACAUUCCAGCACCAACAACCAGCGGCACAUUUGGAAUGCACGAUAGACAUGGCCCAAGACUGGUCUCGAUCGAUCACGACCACCACGUUGGAGGCCAAAUGAGGCAAGGAGCAGGUGCCCCUGUCAUCAGCUCUGCGCCAACGUCGUCGCUGCCACCUCCCGGGCGCGCUCUAGCGACGCCACAGUCGCCUCCACAUUUCCGACCACCGCAAGGAAGCAUCUGGGAUUCGCGACCUCGCAAAUCAGACGGGCAGGUCACUGAGCCACCUGUCCCCUCAGCUAACGGCAAAGGAGAUGCAAAGGCCGAGGAGUGGCUCGCAGCGCAGCGUGCAGGGCAUCCGCAAGAGCCAGCGAUGUCACGCCGCCAAAGCGACUUUGCAGACCGUUGGCUGGAUGCUCGAGUUCCAUCUGAAAUGGCUGGCUCUCGUCUCGUCCAUCCGAAUGAAGAGUCACGUUUUGUCAAUGCACAUGCAAGAGGCGUGCCAGACGGACACCAGAGGAGCCACACGAGCUACGAUGACUACCCUCCACGCGCCGUAGUGUACGGGGCGCAUCCGGCUUACGGCUUGCACGGCCGGGGUGAUGAUGCCAGGCCAGCGCUGCCUCACGAGGCGCAUUCGGGCGCGUCAUCCUUUGCCCCUGAUCAUUACAACGACCACCAUAGUCGACACGCGGACUACCCCGAUACCGGUGCUCAUAGACAUCCGCCAGCUGCGGGCUACCCGUCGUACAAGCCCGAGGAAAUCAGCCACGAAUCGGCUCUUCAGCGCAUGCCGGCUCAAGGUCAGGAGCCGAGCGCAAAGUACCGCAAACGAAGCCGCGCUGCCGCUCCCGCCCUUUGCGGCUGCUGCUUUAUCGUCGACACGCCAGAAUGGAGAAGAGGUCCGGAUGGCCCUCGGACUGUGUGCAAUGCUUGUGAGUAGAGGCAGGUUUGACGCAUACGCUUUGGAGGCUCUAUCGCUGACGCCAUUUGGCAUACCAUCUGCCAGGCGGGCUGCAUUACGCCAAACUCGCAAAGAAGCGCCAGCAGGAAGCGCCAGACGGACCUGGGGUCACAAUUCAAGAGUUGCGAGCAUCCAUCCGGGUACCUUCCAUGGAGGUCAUCAGCCAUCACGGCUCCGAGUCUGGUGGCGAUGACCAGCACCUGCGCAUGCUCGAGGCGGACAAAAGCAAAGGGCAAUACAUUCAAGCGCCACCUCAGAUGCAUCAGAUGAAGGAGGAGGCGCCGAACUACUCUGCUCACCAGGAAGUCGAGCCUUUUGGAGGUCCUGCGCGAAAACGGAGAGCUUUGUCCCCUCCUCAAAGUGGCAUGAUCAAACCUCGAAGCCCGCAGCCUGCUCGAUGGACGGCAGAAGAUGAAGCUCGUCGACCGCACAGCGCUUAUUCCAACGGGUCUUCCACCUCGCUCGAUAGUCGAAGUCACGCCAGUGGCCUCUCGAGAGACUCGGCACGCCGGCCUUUGCCAGUGGUACAAUCGCCAGCUCGACGCGCUGCAUAG